GAUCGUGGCUGUUCGCCGCACUUUGGCGGUCGCCCUGCGCUCGGACCAGGAGGGAUCGAACCUGGCGCGCUACGCGCACGAGUGGAUCGAGCAGGAGGAGAUGCGGUUGGGAUGCCCUCCCGAGCUUACGAUGUUCGGUCUCUCCAGGAGUAUGCACAUGCUUGACACGAGCCGGAUUGGCCUCCCGAUGGCACUGUGUCCGACCUGUUGUCGCACGGGGGCUGGCCGACUGCGUGUGGUGUUUUUAAGAGACCCGUUGGCGAGGAUGUCAAGCUUCUUUGAAGGGUACUUGACUCGAGUGAAGCACCAUCUUCUGCCUCAAAACGAUCCGCACCUUUUCGAGACCUGGAUUCGUUUGAUCCUGAGUCCAAACGCUUCAGCAUCUCCGCUCUUCGAGGCAACUGAUUUGGAUCACGUCCGGCCAGCAUUGGACAGGUCGCCGACAGAUGACCCGGAGCAGGUGAUAUUCUGCAUUGAGGACGUUGAGAAGUCGCUGCGUCGCGUAGAAAGCGCCUUGUGUACCAGAUUCGGCCACUGCACCCCCUUGCCGAGCUUUCCUGCUGUGAAGCGGCAGACGAAGCGAGAGCCAAAGAUAGGAGUUGAGGUGGCCAGUCUCGUUCGCGAACGGUAUCGCUUCGACUACGAAGCUCUGACAUCUUGCUGA